CUUCCACAUCUGGAAGAGUGCUAGAUUAUGCAGGCACACCAUCUUACUGAGUGUAUUUGUAAAUGCUGUAAUACAACCCCGGCUUAGGAAGAAGACUGCUUUUCACUUGCAUACUAAGCUUAAGCUGCACCACCUAACUUUGGACUGCCGGUUUCCUGGACACACCCUGGUGCUGCCUUAAGGCUUGGAGCUGGGAGCCAAGCCUCAACCUGUCCAUCAACCCUGACAGAAAACAUUUGCCACUGAUCACAGGAUGCCACUUGGAGGAGGAAACAAGUGCGGCCGCUGUCAAAAGACAGUAUACUUUGCAGAGGAGGUGCUGUGUGAUGGGCGGAGCUUCCACAGGUCCUGCUUCCUGUGCAUGGUGUGUGGGAAGAACUUGGACAGCACAACUGUGGCCGUGCAUAUGGAUGAGGUCUACUGCAAAGGUUGCUACGGCAAGAAGUAUGGACCAAAAGGCUACGGCUACGGCCAGGGAGCAGGGACUCUCAGCAUGGACAAGGGAGAGUCACUGGGCAUUACACAUGCAGAACCUUCUUCCCAUCGUCCAACCAAUAACCCGAACCCAUCCAAGCUGGCAGAGAAGUUUGGAGGGGCAGAUAAAUGCCCCCGCUGUGGAAAGGCUGUCUAUGCUGCUGAGAAAGUCAUCGGAGCUGGGAGUGCAUGGCAUAAGAACGGAUGUUUCCGCUGUGCCUUGUGUGGGAAGGGCCUCGAGUCAACCACACUAGCUGAUAAGGAUGGAGAAAUCUACUGCAAAGGGUGUUACGCCAAAAACUUUGGGCCCAAGGGAUUUGGCUAUGGGCAGGGUGCUGGAGCACUGGCACAUGCUCAGUAGAGAACUCCACGGUCUUCAUGGUCAGGUGAACAGACGUCUUCAAAAAUACUGCACUACUGUCUUCUACCUGCAGAGGGUGAACGGCAGAGGGAUACUGUAACACAGAAAUGAGAUAAGCACCUUAAAGAUAUGCUUGAGAAAAAGCUUUCUGCAUUUCAAAUUGUAUUGUGGCAAAGAUUUAAACCUUUAUGUAUCUUGUAUGAUGACGAUUCACCUUAGGUGUUAAAUCGGGAUUUGGUUUGUGUAUACUUUCUGUGCCUAUUUAGAGUUGCAUUAAUGACUGCACUGCUCUCAGCCCUCAUGUUAACAUCCUCUUGUCAGUCACUCCUCAUUCUUUAAAAUCAAAAGGUUAUUAUUAUUACAAGAUGCCUGCAUCACAAUAAAAAUUACUCAAGUAUAUGUUAUGCUUUACAUACAUGAGCAUGAGAAAAACUAAAUAAAACUGAAUGACAAAUA